AUGCUCUAUAACGUAGGACAUGACUAUCGUGGAUCCUCUGGAGAGCCUCAACAACAACAUGAUGCUGACGAGGCAGAGAAGAGUCUCUCCAGAGCAGAAAACCUCAAGAAACCCCAGCAGAGACCCACAGGGAAGAGAACUCACUGCUGCUCUGACUGUGGAAAGAGUUACUCAAGAUCAGAUUCACUAAAAGUACACCUGAGAAUUCACUCGGGAGAGAAACCUUACCACUGCUCUGACUGUGGGAAGAGAUUUACCUCUUCGGCAGAUCUUAAAAGACAUGAGAGAAUCCAUACAGGAGAAAAACCUUAUAGCUGUAAUCAAUGUGGGAAGAGUUUCACAACAUCUAGCCAGCUGACUAUACACCAGAGAACACACACAGGAGAGAAACCUUACCACUGCUCUGACUGCGGAAAGAGUUUUCUUAAGUCAGGACAUUUAAAAUCACACCAAAGAACACACACAGUAGAGAAACCUUACAGCUGUAAUCAAUGUUUGAAGAGUUUUACUCACUCAAGCUGUCUGAUAGUGCACCAGAGAACACACACAGGAGAGAAACCUUAUAGCUGUGAUCAAUGUGGGAAGAGUUUUGUUACUUCUAGCCGUCUGACUAUACACCGGAGAACACACACAGGAGAGAAACCUUAUAGCUGUGCUCAAUGUGGGAAGAGUUUUGUUACAUCAAGCAGUCUGAUUAUACACCAGCGGACACACAGGAGAGAAAUCAAUGUGGCAAGAGAUACUCUGGUAAAAGAUCUCUGAUUAAACAAUCAGAAAAUACGGCCUCGCGAGUGGCGCAGUGGUCUAAGGCACUGCAUCGUAGUCCUAGCUGUGCCACUAGAGAUCUCGGUUCGAGGCUUUGGACUGGUGGAAUAGAUUCCCAGUGUGGAAUGAGGUUCAGUCAGUUAGGGAACCUAAUUGUGGAAAGACAUUUUCUAGGACACAGGGCUUAAAAUAAGACAAUAUAAAUGCUGUUUUCUGACACGUUUUUUGACUGAGAAUGUUGCCUGAAAACACCUGAGAGGGGAGCACACAGGAGAAAAGCCUUUCCUAUGUUCCACUAUGAGAAUGUUGUUGAUGCCAUGUGAAAUCAUGUUUGUAUAAAAAUAUUACUAAAAUAAAAUAGGCCUACUUUAGUUGUUUUCCUCUCAAGAAAUGAUCCAUGUCUAAAAUCAGAUUUAUCAUUUUAAAAUAUGUAUUUUUAUUUUCAUUAUGGAUUUGGAUUUGAUUGAAUACAAGUAUGACCCCCCCCCUCAGAUGUUAAUGAUAUGAUUUGGAAAGUUGUAGAUUUUAUUAACCUCUAUGGGCUAGGUGCAUCCCACCUACUCAACAGCCAGUUGAAUCCUGUGGCGCGUUAUUCAAAUCCUUA